CGCCGGUCAACCGGAGGUCCUCUACGGGUUAUAUAUACAGAGAGAGAGAGAGAGAGAGAGAGAGAGAGCAUAGUCGGAUCUGUUCUCUCUCGAAUGACGAUGCCGGUGAUACAUCGAUCUGCUCUGAGAUUACAUCUGUGGAUCUUCGUUUCUCUUCUUCUCUUCUUUAUCCGUGCUUACUCCUACUUCCCCGGCAUUGCUCCCGGAGGUUACUGGAAGAGCACUUUUGGAUAUCUAGAAGCAGUGUUUUAAAAGGAGAAGGUGACGCAUUUUAUCUUGGCAGUGCAAGGCGUAUGCUUUAAAGGCACCGAGUGGAGACCUUUUGAAGGUUAAAAUGGAUGAACUGACAUCAACAAAGACACAGAUUCUACACUCCUACUACUCACUUCCUUACUGCAAGCCAAAUAAAAUAGUUGGCAGUGCAGAAAAUUUGGUUGAAGUUCACGGCGAUCGUUUUGACACCUCUCCUUAUGUGUUUAAAAUGAGAGAACCUCAAAUGUGCAAUGUCGUAUGUCGUGUAGUACUUGAUGCAAAAACUGCAAAAGAAUUCAAGGAAAAGAUGGAUGACGAAUAUCGGGUGAAUAUGAUAUUAGAUGAUCUCCCUCUGGUUCAUCCCAUACAUUUUCCCAUACAUAGGCCGGAUCAGGAAUUGUUCAUUGCAUAUGAACAUGGUUUUCCUGUUGGUCUCAAAGCUCUGUAUGAUGGAAGCACAGAUGGGAAGUACUUCAUCUAUAACCACUUGGCAUUCACAGUGAAGUUCCACGAGGACCUACAAACUGACACUGCAAGAAUUGUUGGGUUUGAAGUUAAACCUUUCAGUGUUAAGCAUGUUUAUGAAGGAGAAUGGAGUGACAAGACCCGUUUGACCACUUGUGAUCCCCACACAAAGCAGGCUGAUGCCUACUCAGAAUCUCCUCAAGAGGUUGAAGAUAAUAAGGAAAUUAUCUUCACAUAUGACGUUGAGUUUCAAGAAAGCAAUCUGAAGUGGGCAUCUCGAUGGGAUACUUAUCUUGUGAUGGCUGAUGUUCAACAUCGCUGGUUCUCAAUUUUCAUUUCGUUUUUGAUUGUUCUUUUCCUCUCUGGCAUUGUAGCUAUGAUCAUGCUGCGGACACUGUGCCAUGAUAUCUCCAAGUACAAUCAGUUGGAGACCCAAGAAGAAGCCCAAGAAGAAACGGGAUGGAAAUUGGUUCAUGCAGAUGUUUUCAGACCACCUAGAAACUCGGAUCUCCUGUGUGUUUAUGUUGGGACAGGUGUUCAGUUUUUUGGGAUGGUACUCGCUACUAUGAUGUUUACUGUCCUUGGGUUUCUCUCCCCAUCAAAUAGAGAUGGGUCGACAAAAGCCAUGCUCAUGCUGUGGGUCUUCAUGGGCCUGUUUGCUGGAUACUCUUCUGCCCGCAUCUGCAAGAUGUUUAAAGGAAAAGAAUGGAAGAAAGUUACUCUCAAAACAGCUCUUAUGUUCCCUGGAACCAUCUUUGCUCUUUUCUCCAUCUUGAAUGCUUUGAUUUCAGGGGAGAAAUCUUCAGGCACAGUGUCAUUUGGAACCAUGUUUGCUCUGGUAGUUCUGUGGCUUGGCGCUUCAGUUCCACUUGUUUUUGUGGGUGCUUAUGUCGGGUUCAAGAAACCAGCAUUGGAGGACCCUGUAAAAACAAACAAGACUUCGAGGCCGAUACCAAAACAGCCCUGGUACAUGAACCCCGUUCUCUCCAUCCUUUUAGGGGGCAUGCUUCCAUUCGGAGCUGUAUUUAUCGAGCUCUUUUUCACCCUCACUGCAGUCUGGAUGCAUCAUGUCUAUGCCACCUUCAGUUUCCUCUUCAUCGCCUUCCUCAUCCUGAUUAUCACUUGCGCCGAGAUCACUAUUGUGCUCUGCUACUUCCAGCUUUGCAGCGAGGAUUACAAUUGGUGGUGGAGGUCCUACCUGACUUCAGGAUCAUCGGCACUGUACCUGUUCCUUUAUGCCACCUUCUACUUCCUUGUAAAGCUUCGGAUAACAAAGCCAGUGGCUUGUGUUUUGUACUUUGGUUACAUGCUGAUUGCCUCCUAUGGUUUCUUCGUGCUCACUGGUACAGUCGGCUUCUGUGCAUGUUUCUGGUUCACCAGGCUCAUCUACUCAUCUUUGAAGGUUGAUUGAGUGAUAUAUGCAACCUCAUGGUCAUGGCCCAUGGUUGCUUAUUCCUUAUCUUGAGGGUAUUUGCAUUCUUUCUGAUCAUUACAAAAGUUUUCUAUGUAUACAGGUUCUCUUCUUUAAGAUCAAGGAAUGAAAUGGAGUAAUUUUGUAAAAAUAGAUUAAAAUUUAAAAUUAUUAUUGUUAUACUAAUUUUUUUUUUUUUUUACUAGUGAAUGAUAUUUGACGACAAAUAUAAAAUUAUAAAUUCAAAAAAUAUAUAUAUUUUUUGAGGAAAGUACUUGUCGUUCUUGUUUCUGACGUAUUGUGCAAAAUUGAAUUUUAAAGACAUUACAUACAUGCAUAUGUUGACUUAUAAUUAUACUAAACCACAAAUCAUCUACUGUUUCCAAUAAAAAUCAAUAAUAAUUUACAUCUUUCUCCCUCUCUUUGUAUUAAUCUCCCUAUUUUGGCAACGCCUUCUCGUUGUUAUCGUGCUGCCAAAGGUUCGUUCUUUGGAUUGACUUACUAAUCCAUUAUACUUGAUUAAUUUUUUCAAAACUUUCUUAUCAUUAUUUUAUAUUUUUACAUAAUUUUAAUUUAUGCUUUUUUAAAUUUUCUAGUGAAAA